UUCCGAGCGCUGCCUGGUGCGGCUAGACCCGGCUGUUUUCCCCGAGGCCGCGGCCCGCUGCGCCCCUCUGCUGGCCAUGGGGCUGCUGGAGCUGUGCGAGGAAGUGUUCGGCACCUCAGACCUUUACCGAGUUCUGGGCGUGCGGCGCGAGGCCUCGGACGCCGAGGUCCGACGCGGCUACCACAAGGUGUCCCUGCAGGUGCACCCGGACCGGGUGGACGAGGGAGACAAGGAGGAGGCCACCCGCCGCUUCCAGAUUCUCGGAAAAGCGUAUUCAGUUCUGAGUGACAAAGAACAGAGAGCAGUGUACGAUGAGCAGGGAACAGUGGACGAGGACUCUGAUGUGCUAAACCAGGAUCGGGACUGGGAAGCGUAUUGGAGGCUACUCUUUAAAAAGAUAUCUCUAGAGGACAUUCAAGCUUUCGAAAAAACAUACAAAGGUUCUGAAGAAGAGUUAAAUGAUAUUAAACAGGCCUAUCUGGACUUCAAGGGUGAUAUGGAUCAGGUCAUGGAGUCUGUACUGUGUGUGCAGUAUACAGAUGAACCCAGGAUAAGGAACAUUAUUCAGCAAGCCAUUGAUGCUGGAGAGGUCCCAUCCUUUAAUGCCUUUGUCAGAGAAUCAAAACAAAAGAUGAAUGCAAGGAAAAGGAGGGCUCAGGAAGAAGCGAAAGAAGCAGAAUUGAGCAGGAAGGAGUUGGGGCUUGAUGAAGGAGUAGAUAACUUGAAAGCAGUCAUUCAGAGUAGACAAAAGGAUCGGCAAAAGGAAAUGGACAGUUUUCUGGCUCAGAUGGAAGCAAAGUACUGCAAACCUUCCAAACGAGGAGGGAAAAAAACAACCGUCAAGAAAGAAAAGAAAUAAUGGAAUUUUUCUUCAAAAGUCUUUAGGUGUUAAUUGGUACCACUGUAGACAAGGUGCAGUAAAAAUGUGAAGACAAACAUCGACCCAACCCUUGCGAAAAGUCUUUCUAGCCUAAAUUAUUUAGAUUGACUAUAAACCAAGCAGAAUCUCUCAACUUGAUUUUAGUAUCCUAGAAAUUCCCUGACAUUCUAUGAGGUCUUCAUAUGAAAGAAUUCAGUGGUGGUAGUUGGGGGAAGGGGGUAUGUGGUGUGCUUCCUGAUAGCACUUGCUUCUAUGGAUUUUUUCUACACUGAUCUCUAUUUAGAAUGUAGGUCUGUCCAUACUGCCUUUAGUGGUUGUCAUUUUGCCACAGAGGAGGAAGCUACAGAAUAUUCAGAGUAAUGUGCAUGUUUAUUGGAAAAAAUUUUACCUAAUAGAUUACCUUCAAUGAACUUGCUGGACAUUUACUAAAUACUAAUCUGUUUUCUUUCCAUCUUAAUGAUCUUGAAUAGACCUUUUCUCCUUUAUGUUUUACUUAAACCAGAUUUUGUACUCUUUGCUUAAAUAUAGAAGAAAUACAUGUUUAGGGUCACUUCAGGCAUCUUUGUAAGAAUUAUAUAUUAUUAAAUAAGUAAAGCAAUUGCUAAGUUCUGGGGACUUUUAAAAUGAUCAUCCAGGGUCUUUUAAAAUAUGAUCUAGAAAAAAAUAUGGUAUUUACUGUAGCAAAUUAAAUGUCUUAAUCAGUGUUAUAGUAGAUAGCCCCAGUUUAAGUAUCAUAAAGAGAUGGAUGUUGUAGUCUUGGCUAUACCUGUGUUUCACUGAGUCUGUCUGAACUUGUUUUCUUAUCAUAAAAGGGUGAGGGGGUGGGCUAAAUACUUCUUAGAAGCCCCUUCCCACCCAACUCUAACUUUGAAUGGGAAGCCAUCUUGAUCCAGUGGUUUGUUACAAUGCACUCAUGUUUUUGAUUUGUGAGAAUAAUACAGAAUUUCACUUAUAUUAGUUAAGUUUGUAUGUAUUCAUUAUAAUAUUUGGAAGUUUUUUUUUUUAAGGGACUUUCAAUUUAAAAUGUGACUUGUAGACUAAUAUAUUCAAUACCACGUGAAUAAAACAAGUCUGUUACUGAACUUUAUCAUAAUUUAUCUCACAUAAAUAUGUAACACAUUUUCAGUUUAUAAUUACAAGUUAAAUACUCUUUAAUUGUAUUAAAUAUUUUAAUAGCAUUAGAACACUUUGAUAUAAUUAAAAAAUUACCCUAAUUUAUGAUCAUUUAAAUUUAUCCACUCUGAAGAUUAACAAUAUGAUUAAAAUAAGUAUGAUCAUCAAAAUUGAAAUUCAGUGAAAUUUAAAUGAAAUAAAUUUAAGUCAUAGUUAAAACCAUUGCUGUAUUCAUGAGUGCACACAAGGAAAGGUCCAUGGUAAAAUUAGAAAAAUGGAUUAAUUGCCAGGGUUUCUCAAAUUCUGAGUACUUGUAUCUUGCUUGGUCACUAAUAGAGUCUAACUUAUUUUUUAAUUGACUGACUUAGAGCUAUAAUGACAAAAUUUCUCAAGGUAAAUUUCCUAUGGUGGGGUAUGGGGGAUGGGAAUGACCAAUAAAAUACUUUAGGAAUAAGUGUAACCUGAUAUUAAGCAGGCAUUGUGAGCUUGAGCUGUCCCAUCUGAAAAAAAAAUAUGAUUAUAUAUAUACUCUGCAUCAAUGCUCAACAUUUAUGUCUUUAGUUACCCUUUCCCUGUCUUUGAGAUUGAACAUCUAAUGAGAAAGUUUUAGGAAUGACAUCUAUUUGAUGAAUAGUUCAGAUUUUUGGCAGCAUUACCUCCCCAAAAUGACUUAAAAAUGAGUACUGAUUUUCCAGAAAUUAAUACACAUAGAAGUAUUCCAAAGCCAGGGAUGAUGUUAUAGAAGUCAGUUACUGCUUUUUUGUAUGUAUGUGUAGUCUCAUAGAAUCCUACAGUAAUUGAACUGAUCAUUGUUAACAGACAACAUGAGCAGUGAUUUGGGGGUAAUUACUCAUUUGUUACAUCUUUUGGUACAAAUUUUACUGUCUAGUAGGAUAGGCUGACUUAUGCUGAAAGAAGACAGUAAUUGAAAAUCAGAAACAGUACCCAUAUCUUUGGCAGAUAUUCUGGUUUUUCUCCUCAGUUAGUGGUACCAAAAUAACUCUUCAUGAAGGUGGUUUCAAGUUGUCUCUUAUAUACAAGCUCCACAUCACAAGAUGACUGAACACUGAUACAUGAAAUUUUCCCAGACAUUGCCUGUAGCGAAGCAGCGUCUUCUCAUUUGCCUUGUGGUCCGUACCUGGUUCUAGAGACUGGUCCAGUUCUGUUUUGAGAUUUUGUAGACCCAUGUAACUGAGGACCUAUCAGACAAAGAUGAUACCAUAUAAUAACAGUAGACACUGUAGAGUUGGUAAUAAUCACCAGUUCAUAUCUAAGGACUUUUUUGCUACAGUUAUCAAUUGGCUUUAAAUUUGGAGACUGGUACUAAGAAGUAAAGUAUAUAUUUUCCAAGGCAAUAAAAAAACCAUCCUUGCAUAUUUUAUCAUGUUAAAAGAAAUCUAUAUUAAUAUAUGGAAAGAGUAACCUUUCAGAGAAGAGUUCACUAAUUAAAAAGGGCUAAGAUGUCUGUUUCACUUAUCUGUCAUACUUAUACCUGACCAUUAAAGUGGCCAAAUACAGGGCCUCCCCUGGUGGUACAGUGGUUAAGCGCUGGGCUGCGAGGCUGCCCGCAGCCUCUGCAGCACCAGUUCGUUCCCUGGUCACCGGCGAGGGUCCCACAAAAUAAAUAAUAAAUAAAAAUAACAUGGCCAAAUAUAAUAAUUAGCUCUGAGGCUGUAUUGCUUCUCCACAGAGGUCUGAUCUAAGAACAGAAGCCCCUGAGAGUAUUCAAAAGGUGGGCAAUGGCUACUAGGGACUUAGAGAAUUCACUAGGUCUACAGAGAUGGAUGGAGGGAUUACUUUUUUAGUAAUUAGUACUUGAUUAGUCUCAUUAACAGAAAACAUUUUCACUGCUCAUACUUCUAAGUUUCACCUGCAACAUGAAAAUGACCCUGGUGGUGGAAGAAGACAAUUAUAGGAAGAAUUAAGACAUCCUUAGAUUUUUUUUCUAUCAUUCCUAUGAAAACAGUACCUAUAAUAUAAAACCUGGGAAUCAAAAAAGUUAAUGAGACAGAAUCAAACUCAAAAAGUCAUGAUAUUUUCAAUUUUCUUUUUUUACCCUUGGCCUAUCAGGUUAACUGACAAAAGCAGUUUAAUCCAUAGCAAUAUGAAAUUAAACUACAUAAUAAAACCCAUGCAGAGUUUGAAUGUUACAAAAAUGACUUAUCUCACUUAAAUUUUUUAGCUUAAAAAAAAAUCAUGGGCCUCCCCUGGUGGCGCAGCGGUUGAGCGCAGGGCUGUGAGGCUGCCCGCAGCCUCUGCAGCACCGGUUCGUUUCCUGGCCGCGGGCAAGGGUCCCACCAAAAAAAAAAUAACAAAAAAAAAUAAAUCAUGCACUGCAUAAUGAUGUUUCUGUCAAUGACAGACCACAUAUACAACAGAGGCCCCUAGAUACAGCCUAGGUGUAUAGUAGGCUAUACGUAAAUAUACUUUGUGUAACUAUACUCUGAUGUUCACACAACAGAAUUGCUUAAUGAUGCAUUUCUCAGAAUAUAACCCUGUUAAGUAUACUGCUUACUUUGUUAGAGUGACUAGGGGUUAAUUUACAUAGUAUUGUGAGACAACAGAAACCUGGAACUUUUUGACCCUGAGCAAUAGAGCUACUUUUCAUGUUCCAUUUUCCAAAAUGAAUUUGAGGUGAUUUAUAAAAUGUAUAUAUUAUAAAAUAAACAAUAUCUGGAGUUAGGGAAAAUAAGCAUGGAAAAAUGUAAUACAAAGGCAGGGUCCUAACAUAGUCAUCUAGCAGUAAAUAAGAGCCUGGUCCCACCUGUCCCUGCAGAUCCCCUACCAGGUCGGUCCUGAUAAGGAUACUCAACAGCAUGUGAACGAUGAUACUGUGUAUCUGGCUGAAAAAAAAGAAAGAAACUUUUCUUACAAUGGAAAGCCUCCCAAAGGAUAAUACAUUACUAGAUUUCAUUGUCUGAAAUCAGACAACAAUGUAAAUGGUAUCCAUCUUUAAUCUGAGGGACAAAUUGUCUGCAUAUACUCCAUUGAAUUCCAAAUAGAAAAUCCUGGGGGCCUGCCUGGUGGCACAAGGGGUUAAGCACUGCACUAUGAAGUGAUCCAUAGCCUCUGCAGCAUGAGUUCGAUCCCGUGCCAGCCAGGGAGCAACCCACAUGGCGCAGCAGACUUGUCCCAUCUCGCCCGCUGCUCCCCUCCAGCAGUGUAUUUCAGUCAGUCUGCCUGUUCUAUUCCCCACUCUGUCUCUGGUGAAUCCUCUCACCCUCCCACACAUCUGGCCUGUACCCCAGCUCUUAUAUGCAUAAAUAAAUAAUUUUUUUUUAAAGAUUUUUGUUUAUACAAGAACUGGGGUACAGGUCAGAGGUGCGGGAGCGUCAGAGAAUUCACCAGAGACAGAGCGGGGAGCAGAACAGGUAGACAACCGAAAUACACUGCUAAGGGUAGCAGUGGGCAAGGCAGGAGAGGUCUGCCACACCGUGUGGGUUUCUCCCUGGCCGUCCGGAAAUUGAACCCGUGCUGAAGAGGCUGUGGACAGCUUCACAGCACGGCCCUCAACCCGUUGUGCCACUGGGGAGUCCCAUAAAUAAAUCUUUUAAAAAAAAAAUCCCAAGCCAGAGACCUAUAAAAUCAUCUGUUAUUUGUCAAAAAUUGCAAGUUAUACAACUUAAUAUGACUUAAUAAUCUUAUCAAGGGAAUUUUAUCCAGAUUCUCUUAACAUGCUGUUUAAAACAAUAGAACAAAGUCUUAUCAGCAACAUUGAAAUAUCCAUGACUGUACCACCAUAUUUGAAAUGUGACACUCAAUAUGAGACUCAAACAUUUCAAAAUUACCUUAAGGAAUUUAAAGAUUUUAAGAUAUUUGAAGUAUUUGAAGACACAUAUGUGAAAAAACAGCUAUCGUGCCAUCUUGUUAGUACUGCUAAAAUAAACAUCCCCUUUUCUCAGCUCCCUGUCAGCUUUAGAAUCAAGAGACUUGAAUUAUUUUCUGAUGAAGCCUCACAGUCUUGAUCCAGGGUCAGUAAACUUAUUUUUUAUAGAGGACCAGAUAGAAAAUAUUUUAGGUUUUGUGAUACCUAUGAUCAUCACUGCAACUAUUCAGUUUUGCUGUUGUAGGGAGAAAGUAGCUGAAGACAGUACAUAAAUGAAUGAAUGCAUUUACAAGAACAGGCAGCAUGCUCAAUGGCCUAUGAACUGUAGCCUGCUGACUCCUAGAUGAGAACACCUAGGAGCAGCAUGCCUCCUAGCAGUCCCAGGCCCAGUCUCAGAUCUAGUGUUUUUUUUUUUUUUUUUAAUAAGAUUUAUUUUUUUAAUUUAUUUAUGCCAGGGUGUAAGCCAGAG